GUUUGCUGCAUAGAUUACAACGGUGAUGGCGGGCAAGCGGUCCGGCUGGAGCCGGGCGGCUCUCCUCCAGCUCCUUCUCGGCGUGAACCUGGUGGUGAUGCCGCCCACCCAGGCCCGGAGUCUGCGCUUCGUUACCUUGCUGUACCGCCAUGGAGACCGUUCACCAGUGAAGACAUAUCCCAAGGACCCCUAUCAGGAAGAAGAAUGGCCCCAGGGGUUUGGUCAGUUAACCAAGGAGGGGAUGCUACAGCACUGGGAACUGGGCCAGGCCCUGCGGCAGCGCUAUCACGGCUUCCUAAACACCUCUUAUCACCGGCAAGAGGUUUAUGUGCGAAGCACAGACUUUGACCGGACUCUCAUGAGUGCUGAGGCCAACCUGGCUGGACUCUUCCCUCCCAACGGGAUGCAGCGCUUCAACCCGAACAUCUCGUGGCAGCCUAUCCCUGUGCACACUGUGCCCAUCACUGAGGACAGGCUGCUGAAGUUCCCGUUGGGCCCAUGUCCCCGUUAUGAGCAGCUGCAGAACGAGACCCGGCAGACACCAGAGUAUCAGAAUGAGAGUUCUCGGAAUGCACAAUUUCUGGACAUGGUGGCCAACGAGACAGGGCUUACAGACCUGACACUGGAGACCGUCUGGAAUGUCUAUGACACACUCUUCUGUGAGCAAACGCACGGGCUGCGCCUGCCGCCCUGGGCCUCACCCCAAACCAUGCAGCGUCUCAGCCGGCUAAAGGACUUCAGCUUCCGCUUCCUCUUCGGAAUCUACCAGCAGGCGGAGAAGGCCCGGCUUCAGGGGGGAGUCCUGCUGGCUCAGAUAAGGAAGAACCUGACCCUAAUGGCGACCACCUCCCAGCUCCCCAAGCUGCUGGUUUACUCUGCGCACGACACUACCCUGGUUGCCCUGCAAAUGGCACUGGAUGUCUACAAUGGUGAACAAGCCCCCUACGCCUCCUGCCACAUAUUUGAACUGUACCAGGAAGAUUCUGGGAAUUUCUCAGUGGAGAUGUACUUUCGGAACGAGAGUGACAAGGCCCCCUGGCCGCUCAGCCUGCCUGGCUGCCCUCACUGCUGCCCACUGCAGGACUUCCUUCGCCUCACAGAGCCCGUCGUGCCCAAGGAUUGGCAGCAGGAGUGCCAGCUAGCAAGCGGUCCUGCAGACACAGAGGUGAUCGUGGCCUUGGCUGUAUGUGGCUCCAUCCUCUUCCUCCUCAUAGUGCUGCUCCUCACCGUCCUCUUCCGGAUGCAGGCCCAGCCUCCUGGCUACCGCCACGUCGCAGAUGGGGAGGACCACGCCUGACAACCACUCAGCCCCCUUCCCUCCACCUCCUAGGGGAGGUGGGCUGGGCCCUCGCUCCUGACUGUUGCUGCUCCCCAGCCCAUGGACAGGAGAUCCUGGGUUGGGCCUCCCUCUGAUGACCCCAGCCAGAUGAGCGAGUGGGGCUCAGCGUGGCCCGUGGUGCCUGUCACUCAGCAUUCCCAUGCCUGACGUUUACCAAGUGCUGUGUUGGACACUGGCUUUCUCCAAACAGGAUUUGCCUCCUCCACGCUCCCUACACACCUGAGAUGUAAACUGGCAGUCAGUGUUCACUCAGGACCUAGGAUUAGAAAAUGGCAGAGUUGGUGCUGGAUCCGCCUUGCACUUCUAUCAAGCCCUGUUCUUUUUCCUCCAGCCUGAAGUCUUUGGCAAAUAGCUCAGAGGGACACGG